AUGCUGGGUGCGACGGGGCCUUUUUCCAGUCCAACCGUGCAUAGGAUCGCGCCCGAAAUCCGCUCACCGCGUGAUCCACCCCGCUCUCGCGUCUCCACUAAGACCGCCAGCCAGAACGCAGCGACCCCAGGCGCUGUGCAGCUCCAUGCGACCGUCUGUUCUUUCCUGCCGCCCGCACCUCCUCCUCCUCCUCCUCCUCCUCUGUGGUGCGUUGUGGUGGAUCAAGAUGUGGAGAAACUCCGAGAGGAGUCACCGAUGCUGCACCUGGAUCUGUACAACUUCGACUGCCCGGAGGCUGAGGGCAGCCGCUACGUGCUCACCAGCCCCCGCUCCCUGGAGGCGUGCGCCCGCUGCGCGGUCAAGCCGGUGGAGCUGCUGCCCAGGCCCCUCAGCGAGCUGAUCAAAGAGGCCCCCGGCAGGUCUAUGCGGGUCGCCGCGGGCCUUUACGAGGUCUACGAGAUGGACCGGCAGAGGAAGCUGCAGCAGUGCCGGGAGGAACGGGAAAGGAUUAUCCGCGAGGAGAAGAGGCGACUCUUCUCGCCUCUGCUGAUUGGCAGCCUGCCCUCCUCCCCAGCCUCCCGGGUUGCCUUCAAAAGCGGCGGGGCCAGUGGGAGCUGCGGCGCGGCAGGAGUGCCAAGGGGGGGCGGUCCUCCCGCUCCUCCCCCCGCCGCUGGGGGCGCCAAGACCAAGAAGAGCCACUCCCUGGACUCCUUGCAAAAGAGGAGGGAGGGGUUCUCCACCAAAACCUCCACGGACUCAGGGGCCUCGUCGUCUUACAGUGGAGACAGCUUUAGGGACAAAUGGCCUAAGGAGCAGCCCAGGACUAAGACUGUGGCAACCAUGACCUCCCUGGUGGGUCGAAGUUUCAGCUUGGGUGACCUGAGCCAUUCCCCCCAGACCACCAAGAAGGUCGAGCAGAUCGUCAAGGAGGUGAAGAAGAAGAAAGGCCUCAAGGAAGUGUCUGAGAGGGACCGAAAGAUUGCUGCUCUGAUGAUAGCCAAGCACCAGGAGGCGAGCAUCCUGAAUGAGCAGCGGUACAGUGCCCACCUCCAGUGGGACAUCCAGAAGCGGCAGGCAGAGCAGAGGAGAGAGCAGGAGGAGAAGGAGAAGCAGAGGGCCUUGCUGCAGUGCCAGCACAUGUGGGAGACCAACCUGGAGAAGCGGCGUUGCAAGCUGAGCCACGAGCAAGAGAUGGCUGCUCUCCUGAGGCAAAAGCAGAGCUCCCUGGAGGAAGAGAAGUGGCGGGAACAGCUGGAAAAGCAGGAGAAGCUGAAGAGAGAGCGGCUUGAGAAGGCCAUUCACGAAGACAAGAAGAAGAAGCGCCACCAGGAGCACAAUCUGAAGACUCAGGAAGAGAGCAAGAAGGAGGCCACUGACCGGGAGGUCCAGCUGCUGCAAGAGAAGCUGUCCUUGGCAGCUCAGAAGAAGCUGAAAAGGGAGCAGCUGCUGCAGAGGGAGAAGAAGCUGCUCAACCAGGCUGAGAAGCGGAAGCAUGAGGCCAUCCUCAAGGAGCUAACCAAGCAGGAAGCCGAAGAGAAGGCCACGCUGCGGGCCUCCCUGGAGGGGAGCUGGAGCAAAGCUCAGGGAAACUAUGAGCAGCUCAUUGAGAAGAGGAACCAGGAACUGAGGGAGAGGGCUAGGCGGGAGGAAAUGCAGAGCCAGAGGGCUCGGUUGGCAGCUGAGAGGAAGGACAGGGAGCAGAAGGAGCACUUGAAGGCCUUGGCCGAAGCAUCGGAGAGGAAGCUCCAGCAUGCCACACAGGUGGCAGAGGAGGUCGUCCAGCAGAAAGCCCGUAAAGUGGUCCAAACUCGGAUGGAGAAGGAGAAGGUGCAGAGAGUCAACAAGAAGAAGGUGGAACAGUGUGAAGAUAUUCGGCGCAGGGAGAUUUUACAGUCUAUUGAGAGAAAGUUAGAACGGAGUGAACAGAUUUGUAAAGAGAAAAAAAGUGUCCUGGAAAAUGCCAGAUCUGUUGCUCGGGCAUCUUUCCAUGUCCGGGAAAAAGUACGAGAAGAGAUGAACAUGCGCACCUUUGACAAGAUGGCCUUUGAGGCAGAAUUGCAGGCUGGCCUAGUUAAAAAAUAA